AUGGGUUUUGUAUUUUCGAACUACAGCUGCAAGAUUGUUCAAAUUUUGGUCUAUGGCAUUGUGGCUUUGAAUUGUUUCAGUGCGUUUGUGACUCAUGCUCAACUUCUGCCUCGGGAUGAAGUGCAAACUUUGGAAGCAAUUUCAAAAGCACUUAAAUUGGAGACUAUUUGGAACGUAAGCGACACUUCUUGUAGUCGAAAUGAAGGUUUCAACUUCACCAAGGGUGUUGGAAAUGGGACAGGCUCUAUCAUCAGCAAUGUCACGUGCGACUGUUCUUUCGAAAAGGGUACCCUUUGCCGCAUUAAGACUAUUAUGUUAAAAGGUCUCAAUUUAACUGGAAAUCUGCCUGCCGAAUUUGGAAAUCUAGCUUAUUUGGAAGAACUAAAUCUAGCUCGCAACAACAUAAGUGGGUCGAUCACUCCAAACUUAUCUCGUGCCCCUCUACGAUUCCUAUCGCUUUCCAGAAACAGGCUCAUCGGCAAAAUUCCUAAGGAAAUUGGUGGUAUUUCUACUCUCAGAGUGCUGGUAUUGGCACAAAAUCAACUAGAAGGUCCUCUUCCAAAAGAGCUUGGAAAUUUGAAAAAUCUAGAAAGACUGUUAUUGGAUCAAAAUCAGCUUGAAGGUUCCCUACCAGAAGAGCUUGGGAAUUUGGAAAAUUUGGAAACACUGAAUUUGCUAGGCACAUAUAUGGAGGGCCCUAUUCCAUCUACCUUAUCUUCGUUAUCAAACUUAACUGCAUUGAGGAUAUCUGACUUGACGGGAUCAAAUAUGCCUUUUCCUGAUUUGAAGAAUUUGACUAAAUUAAGAAGAUUGAUAUUGAAGAAUUGCUCACUCAGUGGUUCAAUCCCAGAUUACAUUGGGCAGAAUAUGACCGAUCUAAAUACACUGGAUCUGAGUUUUAAUAAUUUGACUGGUGAAAUUCCAGAAACACUUAAAAUUUUGGGAACUGGAGAACAGAAGCAUGUGGAUCUAUCUUACAACAAUUUUACAGAAAGGCCGCCACUUUCGUCGAUUGACUGCUCAUCUAUGAACUUAAAUCUAAUCUCGAGUUACUCGUCUUUAGAGACUCAGACGUGGUGCUUGACAAAGGACCUCCCUUGCCCCGACAUACCAAAUCAUACGUCUUUAUUUAUAAAUUGUGGAGGUGAUAGUCUGACUUAUAAUGGCAAUGAGUAUGAAUCGGACAAAAGACGUGAGGGUAUAUCAAGCUUCAUUUCUGUGAAUCUAAAUUGGGCUUAUAGCAGUACAGGAGUUUACAUGGGUGAUGAAGAUAAUAAAAGUCCAAACUUUUUAGCCACCAACAAUUUUUCACUUAAGACUGAUGCAGAAAUAUAUAAUACAGCUCGUAUUGCCCCUUUAUCACUCAAGUACUAUGGCCUUUGCUUACAAAAGGGCAGGUAUAAAGUGCAGCUCCACUUUGCAGAAAUUGUGAUUUCUGACGACCCUUUAAGCCGCCCGGGAAAACGCAUAUUUGAUGUUGAAAUUCAGGGGAAAGUAGUUUUGAAAGAUUACAGUAUUGUGGAGAGAAGUGGAGGAGUUGGAAAAGGUGUGACCGAGACAUUUGAUGUUACUGUUAGUGGUAGCACUCUGGAGAUCCACUUAUAUUGGGCAGGGAGAGGGAUGGCAACAUUUCCUCGUUCGGGUUUUUAUGGACCUCUUAUAUCUGCCAUUACCAUCACAAAAAGUAACUUCGUAGUCGAAGGCCAAGGGCUAUCUGUUGGAGCAAUUAUUGGCAUUGUUGUUGCAUCAUGUGUAGCACUUGUCAUAUUGCUUUUGUUGGUCCUCUGGAUGACGGGUUGAUUGGGUGGAAAAGACAUGAAGGUCGUGAUGAGGAUUUAUCGUAGAGGAAACUUAAAAUCAUAA